UCUGCAUGUGGUGUGUUUGUGUGUUAGAGGAAGGGAGGAGGGCCCCAGACAGACAGCGUGGCUGCAUUGCCGCAGCAAGACAACUUGUCCAGUCGAGCAGCAGCUCAGCUGCUCAUAACAUCCUCAGGACGAGCCCUUCUGACUGGACAUUUUGGACAUAUGUUCUGUAACUGUGCACCUUACAUCUCACAACACAAGCGGAUUUAUUGUCGGAGUGGAGUAACGGCUGCUGUCACGGAUAGCUGACACAGAGGCUGACAGACGUCAGAUAACAGCCUGCUUUGCCCGGCACCGGGAGCCACCAACCGGCCGUUGGGAACCGGAGGGGUUGGCUAGCUGGAAAGCUAGCUAACUGGCAUUAGCUGGGGAGAGCCCUUCAGACCAGCAUCCUCAAACCCUUCGCUGCGUUGUCGCCAACUUAAAAGGCGUGAAGAUGGAUUGAAACAUGAAGGGUGGAACUGUCCCAUCAUCACUUCUCUCAUUUAGGUUGUGCUCUGCAGCUUAACUGUGUGACUGAGCUGGGAGACAGAGAGGAAGAUGCCUCCAAGGCCGUCCUCAGGGGAGCUAUGGGGCAUCCACUUAAUGCCUCCCAGGAUCCUGGUAGACUGCCUGCUGCCCAAUGGGAUGAUUCUGACCCUAGAGUGUCUCCGUGAGGCCACGCUCAUCACCAUCAAACAUGAGCUGUUCAAGGAGGCCAGGAAAUACCCCCUCCAUCACCUCUUACAGGAGGAGACAUCCUACAUCUUUGUCAGUGUUACACAGGAAGCAGAGCGGGAGGAGUUUUAUGAUGAGACACGGAGGCUGUGUGACCUCAGACUCUUCCAGCCCUUCCUCAAGGUCAUUGAACCAGUUGGCAACAGAGAGGAAAAGAUCCUCAACAGAGAGAUUGGUUUUGCCAUUGGUAUGCCUGUGUGUGAGUUUGACCUUGUGAAGGACCCCGAGGUUCAGGACUUCAGGAGAAACAUCCUGAAUGUUUGUAAAGACUCUGUGGAGCUGAGAGAUGCCAGCGGACCCCACAGUAGAGCGCUGUAUGUUUACCCACCCAAUAUAGAAUCCACACAGGAGCUUCCCAAACACAUCUAUAGCAAACUGGACAAAGGUCAGAUUAUUGUCGUGAUUUGGGUGAUUGUUUCUCCAAACAACGACAAACAAAAGUAUACAUUGAAGAUCAACCACGACUGCGUGCCUGAACAGGUGAUUGCAGAGGCCAUUCGUAAGAAGACACGCAGCAUGUUGCUGUCACCAGAACAGCUAAAGAUGUGUGUUCAGGAAUAUCAGGGUAAAUACAUCCUCAAAGUUUGUGGCUGUGAUGAGUACCUGCUGGAAAAGUACCCCAUCAGCCAGUAUAAGUAUAUCCGUAGUUGCAUCAUGCUGGGCAGGAUGCCUAACCUGAUGCUAAUGGCUAAGGACAGCCUGUACACCCAGUUGCCUACAGAUAACUUUGUCAUGCCGUCAUACUCUCGACGCAUCUCCACGGCAACAUCCUAUAUGAAUGGCGAGGCAGCUGCCAAGACGCUGUGGACCAUCAAUGGAACCCUGCGAAUACGAAUCCUCUGUGCCACCUAUGUUAACGUCAAUAUACGGGACAUAGACAAGAUAUAUGUGAGAACAGGCAUUUACCAUGGAGGUGAACAGAUGUGUGACAAUGUCAACACACAGAGGGUACCCUGCUCUAACCCCAGGUGGAAUGAGUGGCUCACCUAUGAUAUGUACAUCCCAGACAUACCCCGUGCUGCCAGACUCUGCCUCUCCAUCUGCUCUGUCAAGGGCAGGAAGGGAGCCAAGGAGGAGCACUGUCCAUUAGCUUGGGGUAAUAUCAACUUGUUUGACUACACUCACACUCUGGUGGCCAACAAGAUGGCUCUGAACCUCUGGCCUGUCCCUCAUGGCCUUGAAGACCUCCUCAACCCCAUAGGAGUCACUGGAUCCAACCCUAAUAAGGAAACCCCAUGUCUGGAGCUGGAGUUUGACCACUUUAGUAGUCCAGUCAAAUACCCAGAUAUGAAUGCAGUAGAGGAUCAUGCAAACUGGACCAUCUCGAGGGAACUGGGGUUUAACUACAACCUCUCUGGGCAGAGCAACCGCUCGGCCAGAGAUCAUGCCUUGACAGAGAGCGAUACUGAGCAGCUGAGACAGCUGAGUAACAGAGACCCUCUUUCAGAAAUCACUGAGCAGGAGAAAGACUUCCUCUGGAGACACAGGCACUACUGCAUGAACAUCCCUGAGAUCCUUCCCAAGAUCCUUCUCGCUGUCAAAUGGAACUCCAGAGAUGAAGUAGCACAGAUGUACUGUCUGUUAAAGGAAUGGCCAUCUAUCCGUCCUGAGCAGGCCAUGGAGCUGUUGGACUGUAACUAUCCAGACCCCAUGGUUAGGCACUUUGCUGUACGCUGCCUUGACAAAUACCUGACUGAUGACAAACUGUCCCAGUACCUCAUCCAGCUUGUACAGGUAUUAAAAUAUGAGCAGUAUCUUGACAAUCCCUUGGCCCGUUUCCUUCUAAAAAAGGCCCUGACCAAUCAAAGGAUAGGACAUUUCUUCUUCUGGCAUCUCAAGUCAGAAAUGCACAAUAAAACAGUGAGCCAGAGGUUUGGGCUGCUGUUAGAGGCUUAUUGUAGGGCUUGUGGCAUGUACCUCAAACACCUCAGCAGGCAGGUAGAGGCCAUGGAGAAGCUCAUUAACCUCACUGACAUCCUGAAACAGGAGAAGAAGGAUGAGACGCAGAAGGUCCAGAUGCGGUUUCUUGUGGACCAAAUGAAGAGACCGGACUACAUGGAUGCUCUGCAGAACUUCACCUCUCCUCUCAACCCUGCGCACCAACUGGGAAACCUGAGGUUAGACGAAUGCAGGAUCAUGUCAUCAGCAAAGAGACCGUUGUGGCUGAACUGGGAAAAUCCUGACAUCAUGUCUGAACUGCUCUUUCAGAACAAUGAGAUAAUCUUCAAAAAUGGAGAUGACUUGCGGCAGGAUAUGCUGACGUUGCAGAUUAUUAAAAUCAUGGAAAAUAUUUGGCAGAAUCAGGGACUGGACCUGCGGAUGCUUCCCUAUGGCUGUCUGUCAUUAGGAGACUGCGUGGGUCUCAUUGAGGUGGUUCGCAGCUCCCACACCAUCAUGCAGAUUCAGUGUAAAGGAGGCUUGAAAGGAGCCCUGCAGUUCAACUCAAACACUCUGCAUCAGUGGCUCAAGGACAAGAACAAGGGCGAGAUGUAUGACAUGGCUGUGGAUCUGUUUACGAGGUCCUGUGCUGGCUACUGUGUAGCUACAUUUAUCCUUGGGAUAGGAGACAGGCACAACAGCAACAUUAUGGUCAAAGAUGAUGGACAGUUGUUUCAUAUAGAUUUUGGCCAUUUCCUGGAUCAUAAGAAAAAGAAAUUUGGCUACAAGCGAGAGCGAGUGCCCUUUGUACUGACACAAGACUUCCUCAUCGUCAUCAGCAAGGGUUCACAGGAGUGUGCAAAGACCAAAGAGUUUGAGAGGUUCCAGGAGAUGUGUUAUAAAGCCUACCUGGCCAUCCGGCAGCAUGCUAACCUCUUCAUCAACUUGUUCUCUAUGAUGCUGGGCUCUGGCAUGCCGGAGCUGCAGUCAUUUGAUGACAUUGCCUACAUCCGGAAGACGCUGGCCCUGGAGAAAAGCGAACAGGAGGCGUUGGACUACUUUAUGAAACAGAUGAACGAUGCUCACCAUGGAGGAUGGACCACCAAGAUGGACUGGAUAUUCCACACAAUUAGACAGCAUGCACUAAACUGAUCUCCUGCACACAAACAGAAACCACCAGUCCCACCAUGGAGUAUUUACUUCUGUCAGCCAGCUGUUCAAGUCCAAACCAUGCAGCAUUAGUCUUUCAAGGAAUUUCAGACACCACGCACAGCUCAUUGAUGAUGGAAGUUUGCAGCUUUUUAAUUUUUUUCAAACACCAUUUCUGUUAAUUUAAACGAGGUUCCUGUUUUCUGCAUUUUCUUGCCAUUAUCAUCUGUCUUUUUGUGUGGUCUUGAUGAUGCCCUCACACUAUCCUCUGCUUGUUCUGCGUCUACAAGAGAACGUUGUCCUCAUGUCCUGGUGAAGAUGUGCCCUACCUGGCCGAUGCUUGUAUCCUUGGCUACUAUGUUUCUGCUGUUUUUUUUCCAGGGACAGGAACAAACUGGGCAACGAAGGAAAUUGGACCCCUUCCCCUGCUGCUCUUGCAGGAAAAACAGAAAUUGGACAAAACGGCGCAAAGAAUAAGUAUCUGCCAAUCUAUAAAUGUAG